GCGAUGGUGGCGGCGGGCCGGGAGCAGAGGCGGGACCGGGUGCGCUUCGUCUACGUGACUCGCUUCGGCUCGCACCAGUGCGGCGCCGUCCUUCAGCUGGGCGGCCGCCGGGCUCAGGGUCCGUGUAGCCCCGGGCUCGGGGCCGGCCGCAGCCGGGAGGAGCCGCGGGCGGCUGUGGCGGGGGCCGCGGGCGGCGGGGAGCUGUGCCCCGGCUCCCCGCCCAGGGCCCCCGCGGCCUCCUCUCCGGCGCGGGCGUCGAGCUCGCGGAGCCGGCCUCGGCAGGAGGCACAUGCAGGUGGCGCGAAGGGCCGGGCGGGCGGGGACUCGGGAGGGGGCCCCCGGCCUGUGGAGGGUUCCGACUGGGUCGCUCAGCGGCCGCCGCGCCUAGCCCCCGCCUGGCCGCGGGCAGUGGGCGGCCCUCCUGUCCGUCCGGGGGCUGAGAGACAAGCCCGACCUGCGCUUCGGUGUUGCCCCGAGAGGGCGCUGAAGUGCAAGCGAAGGUCAUUUGAGUUCAGCCCGAGAUCCGAAUCCGAGAGGGGAGGCUCUUGGACGGAGCCACUGAAGUCCCUCAGAAUGAUGGGGCCUUGGCGUUUAACCCAGAAGAAUUUAGCUAAAAAGUUUGACUUCCCCAUACCUUUGAAUGAAGCUUCCAAAAUAAUGAAGAAAAAGAAAAAGGUUUCAGUAUGGAAUGGAGUGUACAAAGUCAUUUCUAAAAUGCUUGAAGAAAAUGAAAAAUACAGACUUAGGCUGAAAUGCCAACAAUUAUCUAGUGAAAAUUCAAAUUACACAAGAUGA